UGACUAAGGAGGACCAGACCAACUGAUAUCAAAAGAAUACACUGCCAAGGAAUGUCGGGUCAUCUGCAGCAAAGAAGGGAGGAGAGAGUAUAGUGAAAAAUAGUUGAUUACCACUGAGCAUCCAUCUCUGUCUCUUUGUGAUUGACGAUGUGGGUGUGCGCCAGACUGUCAGGACAUCAUGCGAGGUCACAGGUCAAGUGACAUUGAGGAGCUUCUGAGACAGUCUCACUCAGAGCUGCUGUGGAUCCAGAGACAGCUGUCAAUCAUCGCUGCCAGGAACUCCCAUCACCUGCAGGUCCAAGGGAAGCUGAGACAUGAGGUUACUCCCCUGCACUCCACAGUUCUUUCAUCCCACGUCAGCCUCUUCCGCCUUCUGGAGGAUAGAAACCGAGCCCUAAAGCUUGAGGUGUCUACCCUUCGCCAGGAGAAACAGCAGUACAUAACACUGAAAACUAAGCUCCAGGAUGCGUUGCAGGAGAAAAAUCGCCUGAACCUUGAGUUGUCCAGCCACAACCUGAAGGUAUCCAAGUAUGACCAGGUAAGGUCAGAAUAUGAGCAACUUAGACACACCUAUAGCACUGUGAGUCAGGAGAGAGACUUGGCUCAAGAGGAGAGGAAACAGCUCCAAGGCAAACUGGAGAACCUCGAGCAGGUCCUCAAGCAUAUGCGAGAGGCUGCAGAGAGGAGGCAGCAGUUGGAAGAGGAGCAUGAGCAGGCCCUGGCUGUCCUCACCACCAAGCAGCAGGAGAUUCACCUUCUGCAAAGGGCUCAGGUUAAAGCUGAGAAAGAGCAUGAGGGAGCGGUCCACCUGUUAGAGAACCAUUUGGACAGAAUGCAGGUCAAGGUUCGCGACCUGGAGCUGAAAUGCAGGUCACAGACUGAACAGUUUGGCCAGCUGUCCAAGGACCUGGAGGAUUUCCGUCUGGAGGCGGAUACUGUAGACAUCCUCAGCACUGAGCCUUUCUCCAAACACAACGUUCCCUUUCGCCCAGAAAAUAAACUCUCUCAAAUCCUCAACGGACUGGCAGCCCAGGCAGGGAAAGGCGAUGAGAGCUCGGCAAACACUCGGCUGAUAUCCAAGUUCCUCCGCCCACUGCAGAUCGGAGACAGAGACAGGCCGGAACUGCUGUCUGUCAAUCCCUCCACUGUGACAACGAGCUGCCCCAGCAGCCCGCGACGGGUGACUCCCUCAGAGAUGGAGGAUGAGAUCCGUCGUGCACCCAGGUCCAAGCCUCGCUACACUGGCACAGUCCGUCUAUGCACUGCCCGCUACAGUUACAACCCUUAUGAUGGGCCUAAUGAGCACCCAGAGGCAGAGCUCCCCCUGGUGGCUGGGAAGUACCUGUAUGUGUACGGCACAAUGGAUGACGACGGCUUCUACGAAGGGGAGCUGCUGGAUGGCCAGCGAGGACUGGUCCCCUCCAACUUUGUGGAGUUUGUCCAAGACAAGGAGAAACCAUCCAUCCAGCCAGGGGACACAGGGGAGGACCUGGGCUCUCUGGACAAUACCUCCCUGGGCCUCAUGGGGGCCGAUGGAGGGCCCCCUCAGGAUGGGCUACUGGGCUCCACCAACCCACUGGGCCCCUGCAGCAACGGCACAGGGACCCUGGACCCAGAGGAUCUGUCUGAUGACAUUGUGCCUUACCCCCGGAGGAUCACCCUAAUCAAGCAGUUGGCCCGUAGCGUCAUUGUGGCCUGGGAGCCCCCCAUGGUGACUCUGGGCUGGGGAAACAUCAGCUGCUACAACGUGCUGGUGGAUGGUGAGGUGCGUGCCAGCGUGCCCUACGGGGGCAGGACCAAGUCUUUGUUGGAGAAGCUUGAUCUGGACACGUAUACGCACCGCGUGUCCGUGCAGAGUGUGACAGACAGGGGACUGUCGGACGAGUUACGCUGCACCCUGAUGGUGGGAGCCAACGUGGUGGUCGCGCCAUAUGGCCUGCGUGUGGACGACAUCCUGCGCGACUCGGCCGAGCUCUCCUGGUUGCCCAGCAACAGUAACUAUGGGCACACGGUGUUCCUGGAUGGGGCGGAGCAUGCGGUGGUGCGUCCGGGGAGGUACAGGCUGCGCUUCGUCAACCUCAAGGCCAUGACGGUGUACAAGGUGAGGGUGGUGGCCCGGCCACACCAGGUGCCAUGGCAACUGCUCAUGGAGCAGAGGGAGAAGAAGGAGACUGCUGUGGAGUUCUGCACACAAGCUGCUGGUCCUGGACCAUAUUCCAGAUCAGGUCAGAAGGAAGACCAGUUUGUUUAUGGGAAAAGCCCCCCAUUACCCCCUCAGGAGGUGCAGGUGCAGUGUGGCCAGGCCCCAGGGGUCCUGCAGGUGCACUGGAAGCCCCCUGUCCUCUCACCCACCGGAACCUCCAAUGGAGCCAGCGUCAUCGGAUAUGCAGUCUGCACUAAAGGACAGAGGAUAGCGGAGGUGUUGUACCCCCUGGCUGACUAUGUAACAGUGGAGCUGAACAGGAUCCAGUGUCUGGAGGCCAGGGAGGUCAUCGUCAGGACAUUGUCAGCACAGGGAGAGUCCCAGGACUCCCAAGUCGCCCCCAUUCCAAACAACCUACUGGUGCCUCUUCCUCACAAUGCCCCCCUGUCCCCUCCGCACCUACACGCAGGGCCCCCUCCACCUCACCCCCAUGCCCCCCCACCCCACCUCCAGUCACCUCACCUCCCCCACCCCCAACUACCCAUGCCUCACCCCCAGCCUCUCUCACCCCUGCCUCACAGACAACCCCUCCCUAACCACCCUCCUCACCCUCAACCCCAGACACACCUCCAACCCCUGCAACCUCAUCCUGUCUCCCAGCCCCAGACUCACCAACAGCCUCACCCCCCUCACCCUGGUGGUCCUCCACAGCCACUGCACCUCCAGCCUCACCCACCUCACCCAAUGCCCCAGCACCGCCUACCCCUGCUGCCUCAUCCCCCCCCUCAGCUCCACCAGAGACCAGUUAGUGCCAGAGACCUGAAACCGAAAGAGCAGGUGGCUCACCAUGGGGGAAUCCCCAGCCAGCCCUGGGACCCUACCUGCUCCCCCUCCGGCCAGCCUCCUCCUACCCCCAUGCAUGGACACACCCUGGAGGCUCCCCCCUCUGCUAACCUGCGCUCGCCCUCCCCCCAGAGGAUCCUGCCCCAGCCCAGGGGCACCCCCAUCCCAGACCAAAUGGCCAAAGCCAUCGCCCGCAAGGCAGCACAGAGGGUGGCUGCAGAGAGUGGCAGAAUGGAGAGGAGAGUCAUCUACAAUGAGCAGUGUCAGGCCUUCCACCAACAGAACUCAGACGAGGAGGAGGAGGAUGAGGAAGGGUAUGGUCGAAGCCGCAGGAAACAGGGGGCCUCAGUGGAUGAGUUUCUCAGAGGGUCCGAGCUGGGCAGGCCGGCCCACUACAGCCACAGUGAGGAGUACCACAGUGACAGCAGCCGGGGCUCUGACCUUUCUGACAUCAUGGAGGAGGAUGAGGAGGAGCUCUACUCUGAGAUGCAGCUGGAGGAGGGACGACGACGCAACUCCCACAAUGCACUCAAGAUUGGGAACACCCUCUCUGGGGGUCGGCUGGAUCGGGAGACGGGGAGAAGAAUGCCCCGAGACGGUCCACAGCCCCAGAGACGCCCUCUCAUGGUGCCCUCCAUUGAGAUAACCACAGAGAGUAACAGUGAUGGGAACCUCUCAUCCGUCACGGAGGAUGUUUACUAUGGCAGUGUAGCACGGCACAGGACAUGGUCGUCCCGCCGACACCCCACGGGCUCCAAGCCUUCCUAUAAUGAGGGAUACAGGGACCGGGAACGCCGCUCCCCUCCUAACUACGAUGAAUCGGAACCAGAGGAAUCGUUCCGGAUCUUUGUGGCUCUGUUUGACUACGAUCCCCUGUCCAUGUCUCCCAACCCGGACGCAGCAGAUGAGGAACUGCCCUUCAAAGAGGGCCAGAUCAUUAGGGUAUAUGGUGAUAAGGACACAGAUGGUUUCUACCGAGGGGAGAUCAGGGGAGGCAGGAUGGGGCUCUUGCCCUGCAACAUGGUGUCAGAGAUCAGGGCUGAGGACGAGGAGACCAUGGACCAGCUCAUCAAGCAGGGCUUCCUCCCGCUCAACACACCAGUGGAUAAAGUAGGAAUAGGGCAGGACAGACGAGGCUUCCGCCAGCACCAGGCCACCAGGAGGAUGGUGGCCCUCUACGACUAUGACCCCAGAGAGAGCUCCCCCAAUGUGGACGUGGAGGCUGAGCUGACCUUCUGUGCUGGUGACAUCAUCUCUGUAUUUGGAGAGAUUGAUGAAGACGGGUUCUACUAUGGUGAAAUCAAUGGCCACCGCGGCCUCGUUCCCUCUAAUUUUCUAGAAGAAGUGCCUGACGACGUGGAGGUGUACCUGACGGACACUCCGUCUCGCUAUGCCCAGGACGAGCCCGCCAACCGGGCCGAGGCCAAAAGGGUAGCCAUGGAUACCACAGAGAGUACGGCCCCGCCUGUCCGAGCAGCGUCCCCCACAGUGCGUCCCCUGUGUCCUCCAGGCACCAUGCGGCCCAUCAGCCCCGCCAGGGGCCCCAGGGACCCCCGGGACAACAAAAAGAAAAAGGGACUGCUUUCCAAGGGGAAGAAACUGCUCAAGAGACUCUCUCCGGUAAAAUAAACUGUCCCCAGCUGACCCCAGAAAAGAUGCUUGGGCCCAGUAUUGUAAAUUGCAUACAGUACACACAAUCAAAUCAGCCGAAUCUACAGCACACAACUACAAUGGCUACGUGUUCGUAUGUAUUACAGGACAAUAUAUGUGAGCCUAAUCUAAUAUAGUCAGUGAUACAACAUUCAUGUUCUAGUGAUGAAUACACAUAUUUACGUACAUAUACUCAGUGCCAAAUUCAAUGAGAACUUUGCUCACAUACUGUAUAACUGUGAUAUAUUUGAGGUGGAAGAAAAAAUAGGAGUAUAAACUAGGACUUUCAUUACAUUUUACCACUGUUUUCUUUAAUCAAAUGGUUAUUAAGGGACUUUGGAAAUCAGGACAAUGCUGAUAAUGCAUUUGUGUGCAUUUGUUGUAGGGUAACAACAGAGUAGCCUAUUCUUUUUUGUUACAACCCGAGCUGGUUUCCAUGGCAAUUGUGCCAAUAUAAGGUCUCUAAGAUACAUGGCGUGGCAAAAACAAGUUGUUGUGAUAGUCAGAUGUCAAUACUAGGAGACAGACCAUACUCCUGGAACACUAGAGCAACAACUCAACGACACUGUUAUUGAUGGCAUUCUGUCAGUAAUGCUGGCUGCUAACACAGAGGCUUUAUUCAGUGCAAUAUAUCACAGACAGGAGGGUGACAAAUGGUUGAAUCACUCACAGAACCUAGAAGUCUGCAGGGUGGUUGGCCACAGAGCAUUACAGCAAGGAGAGGAGGCUACAUUGGGUAAGACGUUUGAACCAUCUCAGUGGCCUUUAUGAAAACAAUAUGAGCAUGACAUUCCUCGUUUUCUAUGGUUGAACAAGGUUGUUUUUAAACUAACACUAGUCUGCCAAGAACCCCUGCUGCAUCUCUGCAGCUUCGUUUGAUCAAAAAAAAGACGGUUAUAAAUAACCUUCUGUGUUUGCCUUUCAAUUGCACAAAGGGGUAUGUUUUGUCUGAUGAAUGGAAAAGCAUUGUUGUGUGUGUGGGUGUAGGUGUAGGCUGUGUGUGUGCUCAGUGUGCAUUCAUGUCUGUGUGUUCUUUUUUUUUUCCCAAAAAGAGGACACGUGGUUAAAAGUCAUGUGAUCUUAGUGGUGUGCCGCUAACUACAUUGCCGGUGUAAUGUUCAGUAAUGUUCAGUUCUGAGGGUUGUGUUACCCACUCAGCCAUUUCAGUAAAAAUGUCUAGGUGUGUGCCCUCAAGAUUCUGCACCGUUUACUUGUUUACACUCUUAUAGACCUAUUGGCAAGAGAAAGGGAGUGAUGACCUACAUACUGUACCUACAACCUCUAAACCAGUAGUUGUGGCUUAUGGGCUAAAUGAGGGCUAAAUAAAGGAUGCAUCCAGCUGAUUGUCAUUUACUGGGGAGGCUGUUAUAGCCGCUAGACAAACAUUGUCCUGUAUUUUUGACAGCUUUUAAAGCCCUAUAUUAACCCAUUUUCAUAACCCAUGAUCCCAUUCUGUAAGAGUUUUAGCAUCACUACAGUUGCUGUACAGCGAGCAUUUGAUGUGCAUAAUCAUCAGGGACAAUAUGUCAAUCCAUGAGUCACAAUGAAAUAUGUUAUAUUGCGAUUGACAGUGAAAACUAGUCAGAGAGAGACCUAUCAGACAUGCCCAUCAGCUAAGAUAUUUAUGGCAAGUGUAAUAUCCCGCUGUAUAAUGAUUACAGGGAUCUUCUAUCUUUAUUAAAAAAUAGAAAAUCUAACGAUGGAUUGCCAAAAAGGAAUGUAUGAAGUGUUGAGCAGGCAAAAUAGUUUAUAUUUUAUUAUGCGUCCAAAGUUAUGCAUUAUGUUAUGCAUCCAUUUGUUAAAAGGUGUUCAAGUCAUAAUACCAAAUCAUUCAUUUGUGAAUGCGUGUAUGUCUUCGUUGUUGCAUUUUUGUACUUUUUCCAUUAGUCGAUCAUUUCUAAAUGUUUAUACUUGAUUUUCAGACUGCCUUUUUAGUGCUUUAAGAUUUAUUCUUACUGUAAACAUUGGAAGCAUUCUCCAUGGUGUCCUCAAGAUAAGAUGUUUAAGUCUGUGGUUAUGUGCUUGCUCUGUGAAUCAAAGAGAAAAAGAAAACGAUCAUUUAUGGUGAUCAAAUAUUGUGUGCAUGUGCAAAAUUUUUUAAAUAAAAAAUACAUUUGAUAUUUUGUAGAA